AUUCCGCCUGCCGAGUUGGAUGCGUCAUGAUUUGUGUCAGAGAAGCAGAGGUGGCUGGUUCCUUUUUUCCCACCGAAGCUCGGACUGAAACCCGGAACUGGUUCUGAGAAGGCCUCUUCCUUAUCGAGUAGGGGUGGGGUUGGUUUUCUUCUUUCCGCAGCUAGUUUGAGGCGGCAUGGCGUCUAUAGGCAUGCCAGACCCGAGCUUCUUGUGGGGAGUCUUCCAAAGGGUUGAUAAAGACCGUAGCGGUAUCAUCUCCGACACCGAGCUCCAACAAGCACUUUCAAACGGAACAUGGACUCCAUUUAAUCCAGCAACUGUAAGAUCUAUUUUAUCUAUGUUUGACAGAGAAAACAAAGGUGGUGUAAACUUCAAUGAAUUCACAGGAGUCUGGAAAUAUAUCUCUGACUGGCAGAAUGUUUUUCGCAGAUAUGAUAGAGACAACUCUGGAAUGAUUGACAAACAUGAAUUAAAGCAAGCCCUAACAGGUUUUGGAUACCGGCUGACUGACCAGUUCUACGAUCUCUUGAUUCAAAAAUUUGAUAGGCAAAGAAGAGGGCAAGUGGCUUUUGAUGACUUCAUUCAGUGCUGUGUUGUGCUGCAGACAAAGACACAAAGACCGAGACACCCAGGAUUAUGGAUCUCAUAAGCCUCUGCUUAACUACAUACUUCCAAUUUGAUAGCCAAAUUUACCAACAAAUUAAAGGGACACCUAUGGGAUCACCACUUUCAGGACUUAUAGGGGAAGGUCAUCAUGCAAUGUCUAGAAGCCAUAGAACUUCCACAAAUACAACCAAAAGUAUGGAUCAGAUAUGUAGAUAACACCUUCACCAUAAUAAAAAAAUAACUAAUUAAAGAAUAUUCACAGAACCAUCAAUAACAUUUUUAAAGGAAUCCAGUUUACUAGAGAAGAAAACAACUAUCCCUUUCUGGACAUCCUGAUCAGCAGAGACCACAAUGGCAAACUAGAAAUGCAAGUUUACAGAAAAACUACUCAUACUAACCUGAUGUUCCACUGCCAAAGCAACAUGCAACCUCUCAUAAGAGAAGAUACGUAAGGGCUAUUUAGAUGAGCCCAACACACUGCAGCAACCCAGAACGGCAGAAAAAGGAAAUAGAGCUUCUCUCUGUCAGUGGGAAUGCUGGUCAGGCUGGGUUUCCCUCGUUGCUAGCCAAUUAGGACCGAGACGAAAACCUCUAAGAAGGGGUGUUCAGGUAAGCCAACACCCAAUCUCUACAACAUAUUCCAACAAAAUGGAUAUCUAUGCAAUUUUAUCAAAAAAGUCCCUGACUACUCGACCCAAUACAGCACAACCAACACAAACCCUGAAAAGAAUUACAUUGCCAUACAUCAAGAAUAUCUUAGAAACCACCAACAGACUACUAUAACCACAUGGAAUCAGACACAAGCCAAAUAAAGCCCUUCAAAACAUUGUAAGCAGACCAAAAGACUCAACAAUCCCAGAGGAAGAAAAAAACCAGGAAUCAUCUAUAAUAUACAAUGUAAGGACUGCAACAACCAUUAUAUAGGACAAACAGGCGGAAGACUGCCAGAACGCAUCUAUGAACACCAGCUAGCAAUCAGAAGAUAUAAUGAAAAUUCUUUUAAUUCCACAACAUAUAGACAGAUAUAACCAUAGUUUCAAUUGGGAAAAUGUGACCAUCCUGGACCAAACCAACUCCAAAAACCCCAUGGAAUUUCUAGAAACCUGGCACUUUGACAAAUCAGUCAUCAAUAGACACAUAUGGGACAAUAGUCCCACAGAGAGGGACUCCUCAGGGUGCCGUCAGCUAGGCAGUGCCGUCUGGCGACACCCAGGGGAAGGGCCUUCUCUGUGGGGGCUCCCACCCUCUGGAACGAACUCCCCCCAGGACUUCAUCAACUUCCGGACCUCCGAACCUUUCGUCGCGAGCUUAAAACGCACUUAUUCAUCUGCGCGGGACUGGAUUAGAUUUUAAAGUUAUUGGUUUUAAGGGGUUUUUUUAUUAUUUAUAUUGUUUUUAAAUUAGGCAAUAGAAUAAGUUUUUUAAUUGUUGUUUUUUAAUUUGUAUUUAUAUGUAUUUUAACUGCCUGUGAACCGCCCUGAGUCCUUAGGGAGAUAGGGCGGUAUAUAAAUUUGAAAAAUAAAAUAAAAAAUAAAAAAAUAAAAUAUACAUUAACAACACCUAUAGACUAUGCAAAAGAGACAAUCAACCAGCCCAAAAAGGAACAAAAAGACAAAAGCACUUCUCCAUCACCAAUCAGAUCAAUAUAUAUUAACUCCAAGGUUAACAUCAGACCAACUAUCAAGUAAACAAUACCCCAAUCAAGAAACUGCCAAAGAAGUCAAUAGCAAACAGCCAAAUCAAAUAAUCUAAGACCAACCCCACCAACACUGACAGACAAGUCACUAGAAUAUAAACAGACAGCAAACAGCGCUCCUUUUUGGUACUGAAGAUGUUACCUAGUUUGGGUAAUGAAAUGUCUGCAAGAAAACAAGCAGGUUCAGAGAGCACCAAGGAUGUCUAAUUUAUGCUUCUGUGUUUGGUAAGUUCAGUAGUAGUUUCUUUUUGCGUGAAGACAGAUGCAAAUAAGAAUUAAGUAGUUCUGCAUUCUCUCUACUGUCCAUUACUUCUUUGUCAUUUUCUCCCAUUAGUAGACAGAUUGUUUCUUUGACUUUUUCCUUGUUUUUUUAUGUUUUUAAAGAAACUUUUUAAAAUUGUUUUUGACAUUUGUUGCAAGUCUUACUAUGUUCAAAGCCUAGCUUUCCUAACUUCAUCUUUACAGUGUUUUGUACAGUGUAUCGAGUGCUUUGUUGAUAUUCUGCCUUAGUUAUGUUUCCCUCUCCAUUUUUUUCUACUUCUCCUUUUUUUCCUCUUUGUUGGUCUAAGAACACUUUGUGAAAUCAUGCUGUUUUCUUAUCUUUUUUCAUGGUAUUGAACUGGACUGUCCUUUUAUAAUUGUAUUUUUCAGGGAUUCCCAAACUUCUUGAGUUGAUUUGUCCUUUAAGGUUUUCAUCCAUAGGAUCCUUCCUAAAAGCUCUAAAUUUGUUAAAAUCAGCUCUUUUAAAGCCUAAAACAUUGGUUUAUGUUCUGUUGCUUAAGUCUAUUUUAUACUGAAUUCUAGUAUUACAUGGUCACUCUCCCCUAAAGUUCCUAUAAUUUCAAUCCCCUCUAUCACUUCUUCUCUAUUGGUAAGAGUAAGGUCCAGAAUAGCUGUCCCUGUAGUUGUCACCUCUACUUUUUGGAUGAUGUUGUCAACUAGGUGAUCAGAAAUCUGUUUGAUCUCCCAUUUGUUGCAGAGUUUGUCUCCCAAUUGAUGUCAGGGUAGUUUAAAGUCCCUGAUUACUAUUGUUGUGGGUUUCCUAUAUAUGUUGCUUAACUUAUUAGCAAAAAAUUCAUCAAUUUUUUUCUGCUUGGUUGGGUGGUCUGUAGUAUGCAUCUAUGGCAAUGUCAUUCUUUUUUCCUUAUAUGUUGAUCCAUAUGUAUUCUAGAAGGCCUUCAUGCUUUGUUGUAUGCAUCAUUAUAGUUUCUGUAAUGGCAGUUAUAAUUGCCCUUACGUAGUAGCAUUUCAAGUUCACCCUGUUUGUUCCUAAACUUUGAAUGUUAGUGUAUAGGCCUGCCAUGACCUUUACCUGUUGUGUCACUGCCACAUCACCAGUCAUCCGAUUAAAUUGAAUUAAAUUGAAUGGGACUGUCUUUGAAUCAACAAUGGGUCAGAGAAGGAGCCGCUGCAGGACGGAGAUGACAGCUGCUCUUUAAAAAUUAUGAUUUAAAUCAAGUCAAUUUAAAUCAAACCUUUUUACUGGUGAUUUAAAUCAUAAUUUAAAUUGACUUGAUUUAAAUCAAAUCCACCCUGGUUUAAAGCCCUUCUGAUAUGAUGAGCCAGUCCUUUUUUGAAUAUAUUCUUUCCAGUUCUUGUGAGAUGCUGUCCAUCCCUUGCCAAGAGUCCUUUAUAUUGGUAAUUAAGACCCUGGUCUAGGAAACCAAAUAUCUCUUGACAACACCAGUUUUUAAGCCAGUGGCUCAUUCCAAAAUCUAUUGCUCCCUCAUUGAACGUUGACCUUUUUUUGGGGAAGUAUAGAGCAUCAUUGAUGCUCUUAAUUCUUCAACUUCCUUCUCUAACUGUUCAUAAUCUUGUUAUUGCUUUCAGACUCAUUGUUGUACCAUUCAACCCCACGUGUAGAAGAAAGGGGUAGUAAUUUGUGGGGUUGAUUAGUUUUCAGUUACAUCUUUUUAUUUUUGCUCCAAGGAGACAACAUAUCUCCUUAGAUUGAUUGCCUGGUCUGCAGGCUAUGAUUUAUUUUCCUUUUAGAAUUGAAUCUCUUGUCACUAAUACUUGCCUUUUUUUCCUAAGAAAGUUUGGGAUACUUUUUCCUUUUUGUUGAAAUAUCAUCAUUUCUGAAGCUUCAUGACUUUAAGAUGGCGAGAAGGGGAGGAAUUGGUAUCCAAGCCAAAAUAAAGAAGCUGGAAAUUACUGUGGAAGGGAUUUUAUUAACUUUAAUUGACUCUGCUGAACAUCUUUGCUUUGCUUUUAAAACAAAUACUGCCUAAAAGGUGUUUUCUGUUGUGAAGAGGGGGAGAAAUAAUUCUGAUUUUACUUGCCUCUGUUUGGAACAGCUGUGAGGGAUGUUAAACAAAGAAGCACCUAUUUCAGGUUUAUUUUGUAGCUUACAUUGCAGUGACGUCGUUUGACCACACAAAGGAGCCAAAAGAUUGUAAUAUUAUCAAUUCUUACUAACUCUCCAGUUACAUUAUUUUAUAUACUAAACCCAUUGUAUUUAAUGUUAAAAUUUUAGAACUUCAAAAAUGACUAGUUGUAAAAAAACUGAAAGAACAUCAGAAGAUGCAGAAGAUGCAGAAUCUCUAAGAUCUUUUUUAGAUAUAUAUACAGCUAAAACAAUGAACUAAUUCAAGGAAUGGGAACAAAACUUGAAACAAAACUUGAUGUACUUUCAAAAAAACUUCACAAGGAGAUAUAACAUUUGACUGGAGAUAUUAAAUAGGUGAAGGAUAGAGUGGAUCUGAUGGAGCAUAAAUUGGAGAAGAAAGAUCUCCAGCCUGAAGCUGGUUUGGAUGAAAGAUCUCUUUUGGAACUAUAAUUUAAGCAACUCCAAUUAAGAUUUUGAGUAAUUCCUGAAUUGUCUGGAGAGGAUAUUAGACCAAGGAUGAUUAAAGGCUUGGCCAGGUUAAUUAAUUGAGAAGAAAAGACCCUUAACCUUGAAACAGACAAAAUUUAUAGAAUAAAUUCUAGAUUUGCACCUAUGAGAAAUCUACCAAGGUAUGUUUUAAUCCACUUUGUAAGAACAAGAGAUGUUUUGGACUGCCACUUUAAAUCUAAAGUAAAAAUGAAAAACGUGGAUAUAAUUGUUUUGAAGGAAAUCCGUCAGAAUUUUGAGAAAAAGGAAAGUUUAUUCCUUUCUUACUGAGGAAGAGAAAAGUUCCCUUCCAUUGGGACAUACUUGAAGGAUGAUUCACUUAUCAAAGAGCAAAGAUUUAGACUGAAUCCUAUAGAAAAAGCCAAGGACUUCUUGAUUAAAUAAACUAAUGUUGGAUCCAGACGAAGAAAUUUGUGCAGACAAAUAACUAGAAGUAAAUAAACCUCAAAAGGUUGAUACUAAAGAUGUGGCUGAAAUGCCUGUACAAGAACUUACUAUUUUAUCCACUGGAGAUUGUUCAUAGCAUAAAAUAUUAACGGGGGAAAUGCCCCAUCUAAACGUAAAAAAUACCGUAUUUCCCCAAAAUAAGACCGGGUCUUAUAUUAAUUUUUGCUUCAAAAGACCCAUUAUGGCUUAUUUUCCAGUUAGGUCUUAUCUUGGGGGAAAUACAGUACUAAACACCACCGUCUGGUUGAUGAUCUUAACUGGGGCUUAUUUUGGAGGAAGGGCUUAUAUUAUGAGCAUCCUGAAAAAUCAUGCUAAGGGCUUAUUUUCCGGCUGGGUCUUAUUUUCCGAUUGGGACUUAUUUUGGGGGAAACAGGGUACUUAAUUACUUAAGGAAACAAUGUUGAUAUAAUUUGCUUUCAAGAAGCACAUAUUAAAAAAAUUACAAGAAGCAUUUAAUAAAUAAAAUAAUAGGGGAGCGAUUUAUAUCUGCUGGAGUUAAUGGAGUCGUUACAAAACCCUAAUCUAAACCUAAGUUACUUUUAUAAGAUGAACAUAAAAUAGAAUAGAAUAGAAUAGAAUAGAAUAGAAUAGAAUAGAAUAGAAUAGAAUUUUUAUUGGCCAAGUGUGACUGGACACACAAGGAAUUUGUCUUGGUGCAUGUGCUCUCAGUGUACAUAAAAAAAAAGAUACGUUCUUUCACGGUAGAUUUGUAGCAGUGGAAAUUGAACUGAAUGGAAUAAAAUCAAUACAAGUAGUCCUUGAUUUAAACCACUAUUUAGUGACCAUUCAAAGUUACAACAGCAUUGAAAAAAGUGACUUAUGACCAUUUUUCACACUUACCACCAUUGUAGUAUCCCUGAGGUCAUGUGAUCAAAAUUUGGACUUUUGGCAACUGGUUCAAAUUUAUAACGGUUACAGUAUCCCUGGGUCAUGGGAUCCCCUUUUGCAGACAUGUCAAAUUCAAGGCCACAGGCCAAAUCCGACCGCAAGAUGAAUAGAACUGGCCUGUGGGCUCGCUCUGAAGACAGAGAGGGACCAGGCCCCACUGCCUCAACCUAUCCCAGCCAGCAACCAAAGGAAAAAUCUGAAGGCAGCAGGUCAGAAGGCAGCCCAGC